CAGAGGACUGCGCCUUCCAGCAUCAUCAGUCUGCUCCGCUCCUCCAUCAUCUUGUCCUGGGAGUCAACGUCCAGAAAACUGGCCUCUGUUGUCUCGUUCGUAAUUAAACCUUACUUCUGACAUCAGAAUGUCUGAUAAGAGUGAACUGAAGGCUGAGCUGGAGAGAAAGAAACAACGAAUCGCUCAGAUUCGAGAGGAGAAGAAGAGGAAAGAAGAGGAGAAAAAAAAGAAGGAUGGGGACACAAAGCGUGGAGCUGAGGGAGGCUCCUCCAUGGGCAGUGAAGACUCUGAUCUGGAGAGGAAGAGGAGGGAGGCGGAGGCUUUGCUGCAGAGUGUUGGCAUCACCCCAGAUAUACCUCACGUCCCUGCCCCCAUGUCUCCCUCCAACAAAUCAGUGGGCAGCGAUGCAGGAAGCCAGGACUCUGGGGAUGGAACCGCAGGACCAAGGACUUUGCAUUGGGAUCCCGACCCCUCUACUCUGCAACUCCACUCCGACUCUGAGCUGAUGGGAUGUGGACCUGUGAGGCUCGGCAUGUCCAAGCUGACCCAGGUGGAUUUUGUCCCACGGGAAACUGUGUCCUACUCGAAAGAAACGCAAACCCCCACAGAGGCUUUGUCCCACUCUGAUCAAAAAGCAGAUGAAGAAGAAGAUGAAGAGAUAAGCGCUCCCCCGCCGACAGAGGACACCCAGGAGGACGUAGAUGAACACGGUGAAAUGCAGGACGAUGACACUCCCAAGGAGCUGACGGAAGAAGAGAAGCUGCAGGUCCUGCAUUCUGACGAGUUCUUGUCGUUUUUUGAGCGCGGCAGCAGAAUCGUGGAGAGAGCUCUGUCUGAGCAGGUGGACGUCUGCUUCGACUACAGUGGGAGAGACCUGGAGGAUAAAGAGGGUGACUUGCAGGCAGGCGCAAAGCUGGUUCUGAACAGGCAGUUUGCAGAUGAGCGCUGGACUAAAAACAGAGUGGUCACCUGUCUGGACUGGUCGCCUCAGUAUCCAGAGCUGCUGGUGGCCUCGUACAACAACAACGAGGACGCGCCACAUGAGCCUGAUGGCGUGGCGCUCGUCUGGAACAUGAAGUACAAGAAGGCUACACCGGAGUACAUCUUCCACUGCCAGUCAGAGGUGAUGUCAGCUGGGUUUGCAAAGUUUCACCCCAACCUGGUGGUGGGUGGAACGUACUCUGGACAAAUUGUCUUAUGGGACAACAGAAGCAACAAGCGGACUCCAGUUCAAAGAACUCUCCUGUCUGCAGCUGCACACACACAUCCCGUCCACUGUGUGAGUGUGGUUGGAACCCAAAACGCCAACAACCUGAUCAGCAUUUCCACUGAUGGCAAGAUGUGCUCCUGGAGCCUCGAUAUGCUCUCCCAGCCGCAGGACAGUCUGGAGCUGGUGUUCAAACAGAGCAAGGCCGUGGCUGUAACUUCCAUGGCGUUUCCUCUGGGUGACGUCAACAACUUUGUGGUGGGGAGCGAGGACGGCUCUGUUUAUACUGCAUGUCGCCAUGGCAGUAAAGCAGGCAUCACUGAGGUGUUUGAAGGCCACCAUGGUCCUGUGACAGGGCUGAGCUGCCACAGUGCUGCAGGACCUGUUGAUUUCUCUCACCUCUUCAUCUCAUCUUCUUUUGAUUGGACUGUUAAACUUUGGAGCACCAAGAGCACCCGACCUCUGUACUCAUUUGAGGACAGCUGUGACUACGUCUACGAUGCCAUGUGGUCUCCAACACAUCCUGCUCUGUUUGCAUGUGUGGACCUGUCUGGACGCCUGGACCUGUGGAACCUCAACAAUGAUACUGAAGUUCCUACUGCCAGUGUGUGUGUGGACGGGUCUCCAGCACUGAACCGCGUGAGAUGGUCCCACUCUGGAAAGGAGAUUGCCACUGGAGAUUCAGAGGGUCAGGUUCAGGUCUACGAUGUUGGGGAGCAAAUCUGUGUGCCCAAAGCAGACGAGUGGACUCGUUUCGUCAGGACGCUGGCUGAGAUCAACGAGAACAGAGACGAAGCUGAGGAACUGGCCAACGUCUGACACUGCAGCUCCUCACCAACAGCUAAUAAACUCCUGUACACUACACACCUGAAAGACGUUACGCAACACAGCCAGAGGAGACGCGCCUGCUCCUCGUUUCCAGCUUUUUCUUUAAACACUUUGGCCUGAGACGUGCAGAGCAUUAGAGCAGUUUUAAAAUGUGUCUAAGAGGUUAGAGGGCACGCAGCAGCAGCUUCUCUACAGAAACCAGUGUUGGGUAGUUUUAACACAUUAGACGAGUGCAUGGAAGUGAUGUUCAGCAACAGCUCUAAACUUUAAUAACACCGGGGCUCCACAAUCUGAUUUUCUCCUCAGACCUCUACCAAGUUUUUUUGUUUGUUACAUAUGCAAACCUUUGUACUUGCACCUUUUUAUUACCGUUUGAGUGUUUCUACAUUUGAAUAUUUUACAGACACAUCUGAUAUAUCCUCAGUUGGACUGAAUGACAACUAACGCGCUUAAUUACUUUAUUUAUUGUUUUGGUUGCACUUAUUUAAAUAUUUUAUGUAUUGUUUAAAAGCAUAUUUGGACUAAGUACUUGAAUAGUAGUUUUGAAAUUGGCUUUUCAAACUUUGCUUCAGUUUAUUGACACCAGAACUUUCUCCUGUAGCCACAC